GUCCCUCGCGGCCGCCGUAACCCGUGGCGCCAAGAUGGCGGCCGCCAGGGUGCUGCGCAGUGUGUCGGGGGUUUUCAGACCUCUCGUCCCUCUGAUCAACAACGGCUCCCGCGGUGUCCGUCUGGUCUCCGGACUGUCUAUCCGACUGUUUGGCUAUGGGCAGGCACCCGCAAUUUGCUCUGCUGCAAAAGCCCUGCCCUCUGCGGGUAACCUGCCACGUGCCUCCCUGGUGAGCAGGAUAACACCCUUGCUCCCAAGUCUCCUUCAGCAGCCAGUGAGGACUCUGACAUACUUUAGCUUGCGGAAAGGAAAGAGAAAAUCUGUCAAGGCUGUUGUCGAGAGGUUUUUCCGACUGCACUGUGGACUUUGGUUAAGGAGAAGGGCUGGCUAUAAGAAGAAAUUAUGGAAAAAGUCGGCUGCCAGGAAAAAGCCACUGAAGGAACAUGUGUUCUGUAAUAAAACCCAAAGCAAACUCCUCGAUAAAAUGACUACUGCUUUCUGGAAGAGAAGAAAUUGGUAUGUCAACGAUCCCUUCCAGAAGUAUCACGAUCGUACAAACCUUGAAGUAUAGAAGGUCUCUCUCUUGUUUUUUCCUUCUGUCGAUAAUACAUUGAGGGGUUCUGAAAGACAUGCAGCACUUAGUGAAUACAACUAUAUACAGUGAGCCAGAAUGAGGACAACAAAAUAAUACAGUAAUCAAGGUAACAAAAGGUAUUCUGGCCUGCCAGAUACGUUGAACAGACUGAAGAUGCUUUCUUCCUUUUAAUUUUUUUGUAAAGAAAAAAUUAAGACUUUAUUCAAGAUGUAUAUCAAGCAAUAUAAUAAAACCAGCAAGAACGUCA